AUGUGUAGCUUUUUGAGAACUCUUGCUGUGUCAGUGGUCCGCCUGGCGAGUGAUACUCCUGGAAGCGGACUGCGUCUGCCCGCGACUGCUGGUCGACUGAACCAGUUGCGAGAGCAAUUAGGAGAAUUGGGACAUGUUCCUUAUGCUGGGUCGGGUCGUAGGUUUGAUGGGGUUAGACGGGAGAGGGCUUUUACUGCUACUCAAGCUUUGCCAGUGGUGUCCUCUCGCCUCAGUCUGCCUGAACAUGUGCAGAACUUCGAUCCGACGCCUUACCUUUCCCCAACUUUCCGCCAUGUUUACGAGAGUCCUGGAGAUUUUCUGAAAGCCGAAGAGGAGAUGCCGCCGCCCAUUCGGGUCCGAGGCACUGCGUCACGUCAGGAGUUGCUCAAAGUAUUUGAAAGGUGGGAUAAGUUGGGAAGGUUGUACAUAUGCCAUGAAAAAGAAGUGUCUCCCCUAGACAGGUGUGAAAUUUUCGCCGUUGCCAAGGAUGUUGAUCGGGAUAGGCAGAUUUUGCAUCGUAAGCGUCGAAACAUGCGGGAGAGACACUUGGUAGGGGCUUCAAAAGACCUGCCACAUGGGGUGCUCCUUUGUCAGCUUCCUCUUGAAGAUAAGUACGUGUGUGUUUGUUCGGUUGACGAUGUCAAGGACUUUUACCAUGCUUAUAGUGCGAGCACCGAACGGGCCAAGAGCUCCCCCGUAGGGCCGAGCUUUCGUGCUUCUGAAGUUGCCCACCUUGGGGCGUUUAAAGAUGCGAUCCGAGAGGGCCGCCUGCAUGUAAUGUCGAGAGUCGCUUGCUGUUUCCGGGGCCUAGGAAUGGGCGACCAUGCUGCGGUCGACAUCGCACAAGAAUCUCAUACCAACUUACUUAAAGCCUAUGGUGGUUUGGUUGAAGGUGAGGUGUUGCGGUAUAGAAACCCUUUGCCGGACCCCCCUAGCAAGUUCUACGAGGGAAUCAUGAUCGACGACCACCUAGGCAUUCAGCUGUUGGAACGAAGAAGCUCGUUGCGGGCAACUUUGGACCAGGCGGGCAGGGACGAGGAAGCUUUUGCGUCCGCGGAGCAGGCGUACGCAGAGGCCAACCUGGAAUCGCAUCCCAAGAAGAGGCAAAGAAGGGUGCUCAACGCGAAGGUGUGGGGCAUUGAAAUUGAGGGGCUCCGCGGCUUGGUGGGGCCCGUUCGAAGUAGACUACUGGCAUUGGCAACGCUGACAGCCAGAGCAGCGGCGCCGGGGCCGGUGGACCAGCAAGUCCUGGAGGGACUUUGCGGGCUAUGGAGCUUCAGUGCUCAGUUCCGUAGGCCUAUGUUUAGCUUCAUGUAUGCGAUGUACCAUCAGCAAGGGCCGGGGCGAGCCGAUGAGCCGUUCCGUUUGACACGUGAGGCCCGACAUGAAUUAAGUCUUUUGGCCUGCUUGGCCCCCCUGUGCUUGACGGAUCUAAGAGCUAUUCCCGAUGAUUUUCUGUACUGCGUUGAUGCUUCGCCUUCUGGGGCUGGGGUUUGUAGGACUAAAGUGGGCCGGGUUGCUUCUAGAGAGUUUUGGCGUAGAGGGGACAAGUUGGGGUACAGGAUGCCACUGCUUUCCAAGCUUUCAGCGUCUCUCAUAGGGAGUGGCUGGGGCGAGGAGGCCGUGGAAUCAAUGUUGCAUGCGUCUGAGCCAGAAAGCUGGGACCCUGAAGAGGAUGGAGAGACUCCUCACUCUGCUGUGACCGCUCUAGUUGAGGGGUUUCUACGGAGGGCGCUUCGUGGAGGUGGUAGUCACUUCCCUGUGCCAACUCCGCUUGCAGAUGCCCCGUUUGACUUCCUGGAGGUUCCUUUGGUGGGCCCCGCCGCGUACCACGUUCUCGUUAGCCCGCGCCCCCAAGUUGAGGCGGGCCAAGGAUUUGUGGGUGAGCAACGGGCUUUCGGGGUUAUGCGACUCCUGGAACCUUGGACGUUCCUUUUGAGUAGAGGUGCCAUCACAAAAGCAGACAUGAUACCCGCAACGGCCGAUUCCAAGGCCUUUGAGGAGUUAGGUUGGGUAGGAGAAGACUUCGAUGAGGCCCCGUAUGUGCUUGCUAAGAACUUGUACAUUGCCGGCUUACACUUGCCCACUUGGUCCAUUCGCGCGAUCCGAUUGGACUUACUGCAGCGAUUGGAGACGUGGCUGCUUACCAAAGGCCCGGGGGAGACGUUGGAGGACAUGGCUCGGCACCACAUCGCUGUUUUGUCAGAGUGGCUCGAGGAGUAUAUGAUCGACUUGUUCGUGAACAAGCACAGCAGGCGGGAUGCUGCGGAGACCUUGAACGCAGUGGGCCAAAAGUAUGGCUGGCUGAAAUCCUCGCUUGCCAGUGCUUGGAGUCUGGUUCGCACAUGGGAGGGCUUGGAGCCAUCAGAACACCAUCCGCCUCUUCCCGUACAAGUGCUACGUGCUCUUGCAACUACUGCGUUGGCUUGGAGCUGGCCCAGAGUUGCGGUCCUCUUGGUGCUUGGCUUUUUUGGUUUGUUGAGACCAUCCGAAGCCAUUGGGCUGCGACGUCAGGACGUAUCGCUCCCCUCCGACCACUUCGAAAGGGAUGUGCUGUUCAUUCGGGUGGGUUCUCCGAAGACUCGUCACCGGGGCGCUCGCAGUCAGCACGUUCGAGUGGACGAGCCGGGAGUGGCAGCCUGGGUGGACUCGCUGGUGGGUCAGAUGCCGCUGUGGAGGCGGCUCUGGUCAGGUUCCUGGGCGGCAUUCAGGCGACGCUUUGAGCUGCUGCAGCUGGAGGUGCUGGGAGCACGUUUCUUUUUGCCGUCUUCUUUGAGACCUGGGGGUGCCACCUUCCUCUUUCGAUUGUGGGACGAGAAUCUCACGAGAGUACAAUGGCGAGGGCGCUGGCGGUCAUUUCGCAUGUUGGAAAUCUUUGUGCAGGAAUUGGGCGCAGACCAGGGCAAGUGGUGUGAAAAACUCUCCGGGCGAACGGUGCUUGCAGAGCUGGCAGAGGACCAGGGCAAGUGGUGUGAAAAACUCUCCGGGCGAACGGUGCUUGCAGAGCUGGCAGAGGCUCGCGGUUGA